AUGACAGACCAGACGACGACAGGUACUAUUCGGUCGGAUUUGGUCGAUACAGCAAUCGGAUUUCUAAAGAAUACAAAAGUGGCAGCUGAAACAAUGGAGAAAAAACGUGAAUUCUUAAAGAAGAAAGGAUUGACGGAUACUGAGAUAGACUAUGCAUUUAAACUCAUUCCUCAAAAACAAACAAGUACUGAACUUGUUCCUAAUCAUCGUCCAUCCUUUCUUCGACGAAUUCUAUCCGAUUUAAUCUUAGCUGGACUGAUUGGUCUGGCAUUUAAAUUCAUCAAACGCUGGUUUCGUUCGAAAAAAUCUGUUAAAGCGAAUGAUUUGAACGAAACGAUUAAAACUCUUCAAAAGACCGUUCAAGAUAUGCAUGCAAGUAUUAAAAAGCUCGAGCAAGCAACUGAUCAAUUGCAUUUAACAAUUCAUACAUCAUCAAUGAAUGGAUCUUCAUCGUCUUCAUUAGAAGAAAUCAAACGAGAGAUUCAAUCUUUGAAAGGCUUAUCUCUAGGCCGUUCACAAUUCCCAGCCAUUCCGCAACUACCACCGACACUCCCAUCGUGGCAAUUAGAAACACGAAAAAAUCGAACGGCGCCAAUUGGAGUUGAAACAAAUCCGAAGACAACUAAUGAUGAUGGUGAUAGCAUCAUUGUUGUUUCGGAUAAUGGCAAACGAAGUGAUGAAGAAAAUCAGCUGUCGAUCAGUUCAUCGUCCGAAUCAUCGAAUGACCAUUGA